UUGCGUGGUUGUCAAACCUAUUCUUCCACAUGGUUUGUUCAUUUUUCCAUAAUUUUAACGCAUAGUUUUUAAUUAAAUAUUUUUUAUUUGUUAAACGUUAUUAUCCGAGAUAUGUCGGUCACACGGGUCGAUUGUGACAAUUUGGAGAAAAACCCGGAGUGUCCGCACGGGCCGACACUCCUCUUUACCAGGAUCGUCAAAGGGAGGCCGCAAAGGUUCUUCGCCUGUUCCGCGUGCAGGGACCGGAAAGAUUGCCCUUUUUUCCUCCUCGAGGGCGAAAAGGUCACGGAAUCAAAAUUGCUAUCCUGGAAAGUUCUUAGGGAUGAGCUGAACCCAGAUGUAAGUCCUGAACUUCUGAGGACGGCCUAUGAAGAGGCCAAGUCGCAGGAAGCAGCUGAGAGGACGUUCUGUUACGAUUGCGGCAGGUUCGUCGUAAGCGAACUGUCCGAUCAUGCAACUCACGAGAUGAAGAAAAAAGUCUCGGAUGAGGCGAUGUUGAUACCAUCGAAGAUACUCGAUCCGAAGCAGAACGACAAGAAAGAGGCGCAGUUCUGGUUUGACAAGUCCACAAAAGACUUCAUAGUCCGUUCCAUCAAAAAGUUAAACAUAGACAAUGUCCUCUGCAUCGGAUGCCCGACGCUACAUGAGAUCCUUCAUUGCGACAUGCCCUCAUUGCUCCUCGAUUUAGACUACAGAUAUUAUUCGUUUUACGGAGAAGAUGAAUUUCUCUGGUUUAACAUGUUUAACUUUCAUUUCAUGCGUAAACCCGAGGAGAGCAAAGAAGCUCUUAGAAAACAUCUAUCCAAGGAUGUUUGCGUAGUUAUAGACCCGCCGUUUGGCGCACGUCUCGAGCCAAUAUCGUAUUUGUUAAAAAAGCUAAAAGAAAUGUGUGCCUUGCAGUUACAAGUCUUCCUCGUCCUGCCUUAUUUCAUGGAACCCCAGGUGGUCAGACACCUGAAAGGAUUCGAGAUGCUUGACUUUGUCGUCGAUUACUCAAACCACACCAAGUUCAGGUCAAAAGGCAAGCCCGGUCCUGUACGACUGUUCACAGACGCGGACCCGGAAGUUUUCGAGAUGCCCAGAGAAUCGGGAUACUGGUUUUGCGCCGAGUGCAGGAGGUGGAGGGCGCAGGGAAACAGGCACUGCAAUAACUGCAUGACGUGCACUUCGAAAAACGGCGAAAGCUACCUUCACUGCCCCCUCUGCGAUAAAUGUGUGAAAAAGACCUGGGCACACUGCGUCCUCUGUGGGAUCUGCUCUUAUCCGGAAGGUCACACCUGCCAGAAACAGGGCAACAAAGAGAGGAAAAUAGAAAAACACAAUAAAAAGAAGAAACGUUGAGUCGCUGAAAGAAAUAUGUAAAUUGUACAUAUCAUUCUUCUCAAUAAACCUACAAUUUUAUUAA